UUUAAAUAGAAGAAAAGAAUGUCAAUUAAAAGUGACAAACUGUAGAAGCUUCAUUCAAACGGUUUCGUUUGUAAUAAUCACGUCGUAAAUGUUAUGAUAAUGAAUCAUUGAUAAAACUGAAUAGAAAUAAUUUGUGAACUUUGCCGGGGUCGCGUUAAAAUUUGUUCUUUUACUUUAGUUUUGUUUGUUUGUUUGUUUGUUCAUCUUUAUAAUUCGAUCAAGAGAAAAAGAAAAAGUAAAUAUAACGCGCGCGCAGAUUUAAUUGUACGGAUAGACAUUGUUGAGACAAUUUUAUUUUGUGUUUAUAACGAAAAUAGAAGCAAAAAGUGACGCAUAAAAACUGACGACAAAAUUUAGUGAGAAUUUUUAAUGGCACCGCGACGAAAUAACAGCAGCCCUUCGGCUAUCGAUGUACAUAAUUUGGUUGGUCUUGAGUUUGAUGCCAUGGAUCAUUUCCCAAAUUUACACAUAAAAAUUAAUAGCAACAACACCAACAACUGUAGCAGUAUCAGCAACAGCAGCAGUAACAAAUUAGCAAGAUGCUGUGUUCCGACCGGCGACUGCUUCAAAUUGAAUGCUCUCGAUUAUGGUUUAAUUCAAUCGAAUAAUUUAAACGAUUGCGUACGCGUCAUUUGUAGCAAUGAACGUUGCACAGCUGGUCAGUAUAUGCAUCGUGAAUGCUUUGAUGCAUGGGAAGAUGGUGUUUUAACAUACUUGAAGUCAAUUGGACGGGCACGUUCAUGGUCGGAUCGUCAACGUCAACAAAAUCUCUGGACAAAAAAAGGAUACGAUUUGGUAUUUAAAGCAUGUGGCUGCAAAUGUGGACGUGGUUAUUUGAAAAAAGAUUUGGAUUGGCUGGCGACAACCGAAAAUCGAAAUUUAAUCGUUGACGAUGAUGCAACAAAAAAGAAGAAAAAACGCAAUCGUAACAAUCAAAAAACGGCACUAUUGAUUGCCACAAAUAAUAAUAAUAACAUCAACAACAUCAACAACAAUCAUAUCAAUAAAAAUGAUAGCCACGAUUUUAGUUUGCUUGAUUCAUCGUUAACAUCAAAUACAUUCAAUGCAUCGUCGAUUUGUAUGGAAAAUAGAAUGUUUUUGAACACCAAUCGUCGUCGAACAAAUAGCUUGUCAUCAAGCUUAGACGAUUGCAUUUCGCCACCAGCAUCAACCAACAGCGACACAAUUUGUUCACCAAUUGAAAUGAUCCAAAAGGAAAAAUCAAAGGUUGAAGCAUACAGCGAACGUGUUCGCUCAACAUCAGGAUGUAAUGGUAUUUUCUCGAGACGAUUGGACUUUUCCAUAUUCAAUAUGCUGCCAAAAACUAGACUCAAUUCCUAUCAAAUAAAGAUGGAAGACGAAGGUAAUCAUGGCAACGAUGAGACUCGCCUCUUCAUUCUUUCUUCGUUAGCUCAACACCACAAAAGCCGUAUCAGUUGUGUUUUAUGCGAAGAUUCUAUGCUGGUAUUCGAUAGAUAUCCACUCGUCGAUGGUACAUUCUUUUUGAGUCCAAAACGGCAUACAUCCGAUUGCAUCGAGGUCAAGUAUGAAGGCCAAACACAAUAUCUGACUGCACUUUGUAUGGGAUGCUUAGAAGGAGUUUCAACCGAUCGCUUCAUUCGCUGCCGAUUUUGCUCGACCAAAUGGAAUGGAUCGUCUUUAGUGCUCGGAACAAUGUACGCAUAUGACAUUUUUGCUGCAAUGCCAUGCUGUCCUGAUCGACUAACUUGUAACAGCUGUUUCAAGUUACUGCUCUAUCCGCAUCAGAGACUGAACUUCUUUAGUGAUUAUAGCCAUGUGGUAUCAUGUAUUCAUUGUACAGCUCAGGACACUCACUUUGUAAAGCCAUUGUCAUACUGCUACACCCGUCAAACGGCACCGGCGUUUAGUCAGUGGCCAUAGCAUAAGGACGCCACACUGGAAACC